AUGGCGACCACGGAGCCCAGCGGGCACGCGGAACGGGGCUCAGCCCUCGGACCCCGACCCGGCACGGCCCUGGGCCGCUCGGCGGGGAUGGCGGUGCCGGCGGCCGUGGAAAAGCGGGGGCCCUAUUUGGUGACGCGCGCGUCCUCCGUCCAGGCCCAGCUGCAAAAGCACCGGGACCUGGCCAGGGCCGUCCUGCGGAGGAAAGGCAUGCUGGGGGCCUCCCCGAAGCGCCCCGAGUCUCCAGGGAAAAGGUCAGUGAAGUUUAACAAGGGCUAUACUGCUCUCAGCCAGAGUCCGGAUGAAAACCUGGUGUCCCUUGACUCCGACAGUGAUGAGGAGCUGGAAUCCACAUACUCCUCCGGGUAUUCCUCUGCAGAGCAGGUGAACCAAGACGUGAGUCGGCAGCUACUCCAGGACGGGUACCACCUGGAUGAGAUGCCAGAUGAUGAGGACUUGGACCUCAUUCCCCCCAAGCCUAUGGCUUCAUCCAUGUGCUCCUGCUGUUGGUGCUGUCCUGGGGAUUCACCCUGUUGUACCCUCCAGUAGACAGAACUCCUGAGCUGGGUCCUGUUGACUUUGUAGGCCUGGGAGUUCUUGAGCAUUGCCCAGGUCAAUGGUUGCGCUGUCCCUCUGGGAAGGUCAAUGACUUCAGUCGCACCUUAUCUAGUGUUUCUCAGGCAUGGGACCACCACCUGCACCCCAGGGGAACAGAACAUACAUACUGCCUUUUGCUCUGUUAUGACAGAUAAUCAGAAGACAGGUAUUCACAUAACCUGUGUCUUCUGGAGAGACAAGUUGUCAAGGAUACUCAGAUCUCUUGGCAGGUGCAUGUCAUCUGGAGAAGGGGACGGAAGCUUUAGUGUCCAGGCUGCUAGGUGAGGGGCAGUAGCUGUUUGGAGCUCACAGCUGGGAAUGUUCAGAAAAGAAUUGAUAUGGGGCU